AUGGUUAAAAAGACAAGUUUUCAACCAGUGAAGCCUCUAGACAGUCCUAAGUAUGCUGAUCUUGAUGAUAUCAGCCGGUGCGUUCAUUUCGACGACUUCGAAGCAGCCGCCCGCACGAAGAUGCUCGUGCCGCAACCGCUCACCAACAGCCACGUGAGACUGCGACAACGGGUGCUGUGGUUCGCUCCAUCACAUCCCAGUUAUCGGCACAAUUUCUACGGCAACGUCAGCUUCACCAUCAAGUGGGAGACCGUAAAUCAGAAAUUAGGGCCGAACCUUUACCUAAUCGACCAGGCUAUUUAUAACGCCAGAAGCUUCACCAGAGUUGUGUUUACUAGAAAUAACUAUGACAGAAUCUUGAAGAAAGUUGACUUGGAAUCGGAUGAUUCUCCGAUGACAAAAUCCUGGACCGGUUUUCGCCACGCUUCGCACUGCAUGAACAAAGUUAGCUGGGGUCCUCAUGAGCUGCAGAUCGCGAUCGAAGUAAAUUAUUCCGAUAUUAAGUGGCUUUAUUUGAAUAGUAAGGCGGUUGCUAACAACCAUUCUCUUGCAAACACUGCCAGUCAUAAAAGACAUACAAGAAAGGACGGGAAGGAAGCAAAAUUCGAAUCCUACAAAUGUUUUAAGUUUAAUACAGCUCAAAACAUAGAAUGUCCCUACCAGUGGACCGAAAGAGUAUGUCAGGAGCAAAUUAAUGCGGAAAUAAGGACCACUGUUCUAACAAGCAGCUGUUCUGGCACUAGUCUACUCUUCGAAGAUGCGCCUCCAAAUCCAGUUUGUGGCUCCGAAGUCUAUUCCGGAAAUAAACCUAAGAAGCGAAACAAGAAAGUAUUGAGCGCAGUUUCAACGAACAGCCGUUCCGACAUUGGACUUGUUUUGCAUGCAUUGCCCUACAAUCAUGUUUGUGGUCUUUCAUAUCCUUCUGUGGAUGAGUUUGAAAAUCAAAUCAGGAACGGGUUAGAUAUAGCUGCACUAACAAUUAGUAGCUCCGACGUGGGACCCAAAUCAGAUGUAGCAUCACAAAACUGUGUGUGCGGUCUCUCUGUUUCUAGGUAUGACAAAGAAAAGCAGGAGGCGAUGAAGUCAGCUGUUCGAACAAGCAGCUGCAGUCCCUCCAUGAGACAAGUAUCUGAGGCAGUGCACCAAAAUCAUAUUUGUGGCCUUCCAGUUAUUAAGAAGGAAAAGAGAGAGAAGCGAAUCAAAAUGGGGGCGACAAGCUCCCUUUUUAGCAUUAGAUCAGUCCCUGAUUCAGCUCUCCAAAAUCACGUUUGUGGUCUUUCAGUUUCUACUGUGGAUUCAAGUGGUGAGCUAAUCAAGAAGUUGGGGACCGCUUUACCGCCAAGCAACCUCUUUGCCAAAGACCUAGGAUCUGAUACAAAGCCACAAAAUCAAGUUCAUGGCCUUCCGGUUUCAUCAUUGAACAAGAAUGAAGAGCAAAUAAAGAUGUUAGAGGCUGCUGUACCACAAGGAAACCUUUUGGUUUCUGCAUUGGACAAGAUUGAUGAACGAAUGAAAAUGUUGAAAGCUGCGGUGCCAACAAGUAGCCUCUCCGACAUGGGAGUAGUAUCCGAUGGAACUUCAAAAAAUUUCGCUCGUGACUUUUCGGUUUCAACAAUGGAUGGGAGCAAAUAUCAGAUCAAAAUACUGGAUGCUGCUAUGCCACCAAGUAGCCUCUCUGACAUGAGACUAGUAUCCGAUUCAACUCCAAAAAAUUGUGUUCUGGACAUUUCGGUUUCAACAGUGGAUGGAGACGAAGAUCAAAUAAAAAUACUGGAUGCUGCUAUGCCACCAAGUAGCCUCACAGACAUGGGACUAGUAUCUGACGCAACUUCAAAAAAUGGUGCUCGUGACUUCUCGGUUUCACCAGCGGAUGGGGGUCAUGAGCGAAUCAAAAUAUUGGAGAUUGCCGUACCACCAAGUUGUCUCUCCAGCGAAAAAUUAGUAUCUGAUGUAGCGCUCCAAAAUUAUGUUUGCUGCCCUUGGGCUUCCACAGUUGAUAGUGGUGAGGAGCAGAGCAAUUAUGGGUGUUUUUAUUCUUCACAAAUCGUCAGCAAUUCUGUCAUGCCAUCAUUUCAUGAUAAAAAUGAAAAAAAUUAUUUUCAAUGUCGUCCGGGGUCUGCUAGGGUUAUUCGUGAGGAGAAAUGCAAGUAUGCGUUGAAGGCCUCUGUUCAACCGAGUAGUUCCAACACUGGAAUAGUAUCUGAUAUUGAUCAUCAGAAUAAUGUUCCUGGCCACUCAGUUUCUACAGUAAAUAGAAGUUGUGAGGAAGAAAUCGAAAAGGCCAAGACUUCCACUGCCCCAGUUAGCAGUUACUCUUUCGUUCAAACAGUAUCUUCAUCAGUGCCUCAUAAUUUCAUUUGUGACAUUUCUGACUUCGCGUUGGAUGACCUUAGGAAGCAAAACAAAGAAAUGAGGAAAUCUAUUAUUAUAAGCCGCCAUAGGUCAUCAAUGGAGUCAGUUGCUGAUGCAGUGCUCCUAAAGCAGAUACGCGACCUUUCAGUUUCUGCUGAGGAUGAAAGUGAGUGGACCGAUGUCCUAAGGAACAGGAGCAGUGGUCCUUGUUUGCGACUAGUGUCUAAUGCAACGCCCCAAAGUAAUUCGUGCGGCUAUGCAUGCGCCACUGUUGAGGAUUGUGAGGAGCAAAACAAAGGGCUGGAGACCGAUAUCCAAACGAGCAGCAGUUGUAGCGAUCAACUGGCUGCCAACACUGUCAAGCAAAAUAAUGGUUUCUUUGUUGCAGAUUUAACCGUGGAUGAGCGUAAAGAGCAAAUAAAUGUUGUUUUGAUGACUGAAGUUCCGACGAGCAGCUGUACCGAUAAGAGACUAGUCACUAAUGAGGAACCCCUAAAUAAUAUUUUUGCUCUUUCAGUCUCCACUGCGGAUGAAAGUGAGAAACAAUUCGAUAAGACAUUGAACGCAACUGUACCGCCAAGUAGCCUUAUUGGCACUGAACUUGUAUCAAAUUCCGAACCUAAAAAACUAUUUCAUGGUCAUUCCGUUUCUACAGUGGAUGAAUUAGCAGAGCAACCAGAGAAAAUGCCUAUAAGUAUUCUCCCGACAAGUGGCACUGCCUACUUACCGCUAGUCAGUAAUGCAGUUCCCCAAAAUAAUGCCGAUUUCUGCACAGAAUUUGCCGUGCCUUGUAGUGAAAAACAAAACAAGAAUGUAUUGAAGGAAACUGUUCCAACGAGCAGUAGUUCCUACACGGGAUUAACCACCGACGCAGCCACUCAAAAUAAUGUUUCUGGGCUUUGUGAUUCUACUGUGGAUGACAGGGAAGAGAAAAUCAAGAAAAUUUUGAAAACAGGCGUUUCUAAGAGCAGUAAAAACUACAUGCGAAUAUCUCCUGAAGCAGCAAUACAAAAAUAUGCUAGUACCCGCACGGUAUCAAUCGCAGAUAACAAUGCUAAACAAACCACGAGAAAGGAUAUGAAAGCUUGUGGCAUGGUGCCAGUUUCUGAUGCUCAAUGUUACUCAUGUUCACUUCCGGUCACUAGUUUAGAUGAUCAUAUAAAGCAAAAGAAGAUGGCGUGGGAAACCGACGGGCCGCCGAGCCGCAGUUCCUGUAAGCUAGCACCCCGAAAUCCAGCACCACAAAAUUUUGUGUACGGCGUUUCAGUUUCUACUGAAGACGAUUGUAAAGAGCAAAUCAACGUUGUAGUAGAGACUGCUGUUCCACCGAGCGGCCUUUCAAUCAAGGGACCAGCCUCUGAUGCAGAGUCCCAGAAUGAUGUUCCCGCGGUUUUCGUUUCUACUAGCAGCGAGUGUGAGGUGCGAACAGUAACUGCAAUGAGAAACAUUCCGACGAGCAGCUCUACUGGAAUGCCGCCAGUACCUGAUGUAGCGCUCCAAAAUUAUGCAUGUGGCCCUACACUUUCUACUGCGAGUACGAGUGAAAAGCAAUUCGAGAUGGUGAACACCGAAGGAGCAACAAGCUGUAUUUACUCAUUCGGACCAGUAUUUGGUGCUGAUCGUCAAAAUAAUGAACGCGGGCCUUCAGUUCCUACUGUACAUGAAUGUGAGGAGCAACUCGAGAAGAGUCUGACUUCUACUGUCGCAACGAGCAGCAAUUCAAGUCCUUCAUCCAUCGAAUUUGAAACUUCAAUGCGUAUUGAUAAAACUAUUCCACCACAGACCGAAAACUAUCCCCGCCACAUAGCAACCGUACAUCGACCGGCUAUCUCACAAAACAGCCCACGGUCUAUUUCGCGGAGUACAAAAUACGACCGGAAAUCUCAACGCCGGCUGGCACCAAGGCCUCCAGUAACUGCUCAACCUUCGAUUAUGUCGGAUAAUAAAAAUUAUAAUUCAAAUAUUCAUUAUAAUUCGAAUUUUUCAUUCGAAGCUUCAACCGAUCACUCCAAUGCUUGGCGUCACACUACUCCAGUAUUGAAGAACGAAAACCGGUCUCGAUACCAAAGAUUCCUUGACAUUAUUUGUUGCAGGAAGCAACAGAAAGACAACAUGAAUACUCCCAAUUGACGUAAUUCAGCAACUUAAUCGCAAUUAGUUCUGACUCGAAAAAUUUUGUGGCGUGAUUCGCUCUCACGUGCAAAUUCAUUAUUUUGGUAAUUCAAAAUUCGUCUCGAGUACUAUUCCUGUAAUCUAUGAGGACGUAUUUUAUUUAUUAAGUUAAUUUUGUGUAUAUUGUGACUUAUAAUCAGCAACACCAACGUACACUCCAUGUUUCAAAAACCACUAUUACAAAUUCUAAAUAUUCACGUUGUCGACUAUGAGCUUCACAAUAAUAGGUAAACUUUGAAGCUUUGCAUUAGGUUAGCUGGUUCUUUUAAAUUAACGAAACAGUGCCUGGAUGAUAAAUAUUUGGCAAGCAACUCAGGAAGAAAUACAAAGUAAUCAAUGUAUUCAAUGCAAUCAACUAAAGUAACUGAUGCUCCUGUGUCCGUGUAUGUCGCUUCAAUAAA